CUGGGGUCAAACUGGAACAUGUUCAAUCUUUUCGCUCCUUCCGGUCCCUUCAUUAUAUUCUCCAGAAACCCUAGCAAGCGAGCGACAGAAAGGGAGCCGACGACUCUGCUCAGCUCGAGAUCUUCUGUCCUAAGGGACCAGAGCCAAUUCAAUCAUGACUUUCAAGCGCAGAAAUGGAGGCCGCAACAAGCACGGCCGCGGCCAUGUCAAGUUCAUCCGCUGCUCCAACUGCGGGAAAUGCUGCCCAAAGGACAAGGCAAUCAAGAGGUUCCUUGUCAGGAACAUUGUCGAGCAAGCUGCAGUCAGAGAUGUCCAGGAAGCUUGCGUCUAUGACACCUAUACCCUUCCGAAGCUUUAUGCCAAGAUGCAGUACUGUGUGUCCUGUGCUAUUCACUCUCACGUUGUGAGGGUCCGCUCCCGCACUGACAGGAGGAACCGUCAGCCACCUCAGCGUUUCAUGAGGCGCCGGGAUGACAUGCAGAAGCCGGGCCAGCCUGGACAAGGUCCUCGCACUGGAGGUCCACCUCCUGUUCGUAGCUGAAGGAGCUGAAGCAAGAAUCUUUCUUUAUGCUGUUACUAUGCUUUUAGACUUAUGCACCCGAGUUUUGUAGGAAGAUUUUGGUAUGCCAGUUGCUGGCAUCAGAGCCUUUUGGUUUGGAGCAUCUUGUUUAGAGAAAGUGAAUCCCUUGGAAUGCAAUACUCACAAAUCAUAACCCCUUCCCUUAGUGUCGUAUCCCUAUGGUUAUUUUGAAGUCUUCACAGCAGUUAUUUAAUUGGAAAUUCGACUUGGUUUCAAUGCAUCAGAGGGCUGUGACCAUGAAUUGGCUGACAGCCUAUUUGAAGAAACAGAUUGCCCCGUGAUGCAUUUUAUUGGCUGUCCAGACAGGAAGUAAUUUUCAGGGAGUGAUCAUGGUGUCUUGUGCUAUCUUUCAUCCCUACUUGAACCAGUGAAACUAUGAAUUUGCAAUUACCGAAA